AUGUCUAUUCACAUCUAUCUAUCUAUCUAUCUAUCUAUCUAUCUAUCUAUCUAUCUAUCUAUCUAUCUAUCUCAGCCUGUUUACAUCUAUCUAUCUAUCUAUCUAUCUAUCUAUCUAUCUAUCUAUCUAUCUAUCUAUCUAUCUAUCUCAGCCUGUUUACAUCUAUCUCUCUCUCUAUCUAUCUAUCCUCCAUUUAUUUGUUUUUCAUUCCUUUCUUUCUCAUUCUUUCUUUCAUUUUUUUUAUCUCUCUCAUUCGCUUCCUGUCUCUCUUCCCAGCUACAUUCCUUCUUUCUAUCGCUUGUUUUGUCCCCCUUUUUCUUUGUUUUGUCCCCCUUUUCCUUGUUUUGUCCCCUUUUUUCCUUUUUAUCAGUUCUCUUUUCCUCUCAAUUUCUCUUCAUAUUUUAUUCCAAAUUAUCUCCCUUGCAUUUCUCACACAUUUCCUCUCUCACUUGGACUCUGAUUUACCCCCCCCCUUUAUUUGUUUAUACAUAUCCCCUUUUUCUCUCUCGCUUUCUCCCUCGUGCUUCUCAGACUCAUCAUUCGUUUCUCUCUCUAUCAUUAUCUUCCUCGAUAUACUAUUUGAUGGUUAUUUCCUACUGUCCGUCCUACGCAUGUUAUUGUUCUUUAUCUGUCUAUCUGCCAGCCUGUCUCUCUCCCCACUUCUUUCUCCGUUUCGUUGUCUUACUCACUGUUUAUCUUCAUCCUUUUUUCUGUUAUUAUCACUCAUCACGCUACAAUGGCGGCUCUCAUUUCUUAUCUAUUCCAACUAAUCACGACUUUAUGUGGCCUCAAAUUUCCAUCUAUGAACCUAUCUAUCUAUCUAUCUAUCUAUCUAUCUAUCUAUCUAUCUAUCUAUCUCACAGCCUGUUCGUAUCUAUCUAUCUAUCUAUCUAUCUAUCUAUCUAUCUAUCACAGUCCUGUUCUAUCUAUCUAUCUAUCUAUCUAUCUAUCUAUCUAUCUAUCUAUCUAUCUAUAUCUAUCUAUCUAUCUAUCUAUCUCAGCCUGUUCCUAUCUAUCUAUCUAUCUAUCUAUCUAUCUAUCUAUCUAUCUAUCUAUCUAUCUCAGUCUCUGUAUCUAUCUACUUUGAUCUUUCACAAUCAGUUCACAUCUUCGAAUCUAAGUCAGUAUCUUCCUUCCUUUCUUUUCUUUCUUUCUUUUCUUUUUUUUAUCUAUCUAUCUAUCUAUCUAUCUAUCUAUCUAUCUAUCUAUCUAUCUAUCUAUUUCAUCCUGUUUAUUAUCUAUCUAUUUUAUUUACAUUCCAUUCUUUAA